AUGACGGUGAACGUGUUCGCUGUGCCCGUCUUCUUCAUCUGCUUUCGAGAAUGUGUUGAGACUAGCAUUAUCGUGUCGGUCUUGCUGUCGUUCUUGAAGCAGACACUGGGUAGAGAAAACGAUCUUGCUACAUACAAGAGACUAGUCAAACAGGUUUGGUGGGGAGUUGGAAUCGGCUUCUUCAUCUGCAUCUGUAUCGGUGCAGGCAUGAUUGGCGCUUUCUAUGGCCUGGGAAAAGAUCACUUUUCAGGUACAGAAGAUAUCUGGGAGGGGGCUUUCUCCUUGCUCGCAAGCGUUAUCAUCACUAUCAUGGGUGCGGCCCUGCUUCGUGUCAACAAACUACAGGAUAAAUGGCGGAUUAAACUAGCCAAGUCACUCGAGACAACCGAUCACCCCCAGGGCACGGCAAUGAACCGCUUCAAGCGUUGGGCAGAGAAAUAUGCCAUGUUUAUUCUUCCUUUUAUCACGGUACUCCGCGAGGGUCUUGAGGCCAUUGUGUUUAUCGGUGGUGUUAGUUUGAGCUUUCCAGCUUCUUCUUUCCCUCUCCCAGUCGUGUGUGGUUUGCUGGCUGGGUUUGCCGUCGGAUAUGUCCUCUAUCGUGGUGGCAACCAGGCAUCACUGCAGGUCUUCUUGGUCAUCUCAACCUGCUUUCUCUACCUUGUGUCUGCCGGUCUUUUCUCUAAAGGCGUAUUAUUCUUGGAAAUCAAUACCUGGAACAAACGCACUGGGGGCGACUCUUCCGAAACCGGCUCUGGACCAGGUUCUUAUAACAUUCAGGAUAGUGUUUGGCAUGUCAAUUGCUGCAACCCAUUGCUCAAUGGCGGUGGCGGAUGGGGAAUCUUCCAGGGCAUUCUGGGCUGGACGAAUUCGGCCACAUACGGCUCUGUCCUUUCAUAUAACCUCUACUGGCUUGCCAUGAUUUUGUGGUUCAUGGGCAUGCGCUAUAAGGAACGUCACGGUAGAUUCCCGGUCGUCGACGCGGUACUUGCCCGAUCGAGUGAUGCAAAAAAAUAUGAAAGCAGUGGCGCGAUCAAACCACCCGACUAUAUGUCGGUUUCCGACAAUAUCAACGAGAUCCCUACCUCCACAUCAAGGGGAGAGAACACGCAGGAUUGUGCAUUGGCGCCGUGCGAUUCGAUACACAGUAUCAGAUGA